GGCCUACUCUUCUCCACACAAGCGCCAUGGCAACCGUUGGCAUUGUAGCCUCGAGUUGCUAGCCAUGGCGUCAACAAGCGGGACAACCAGCAGCGUAGCGGGGAAGGGAAAGGAGAAGGUGAAGGCGAAGGGCACUUCACCGCCAUUCAAAGCACAACCGGAACAACGGCAGAAGGAGUUGGAACGGGACAAUGUUGUGCAUCGGUGGAUAGAAAGGGGACAGGAAGCAGAACCGAAGGGGUACGGCCAGUAUUGGGUACGGUGCAAGUUGUGCAUGAAAAUGUUCACAGCAUCGAAGACCCGGGCAGUGGAGCACUUCGUUAGAAAGGGCAAAGCUGCAAAAACAUGCCCAUACAGAAGUGGGGAGAUGUUCCAUCUGUUGGCGCUCCGAGGGGCCAUCAUCGAGGGAGAUGCAGCUAAAAGAAUGCUUCACGAGUACAGGGUCGAAAAGGACAUUGCGGAAGAUACGGGGAUGGAGAGAACGGGGAAUGUCAACAAGACGACGGAGGAGAACAUCGAGCAGCACUUGCAGCCACCUCCGGCACCUGGCCGGGAGGUGCGAACAAUGGAGGAAGCGAACGUGUGUGGGCCGCAGGUGGCAGAAGUCGGGACUCCUGUGCCGCCCUCUUGUGCGGGGUCUUCACCUGCGGUGAAGUCCGCGAAGAUCACACAGAUGUCGAUCCGCCGGUGGACAGAGAACACCGCACAGAAGAGGUUGGACAUGCAAUGGGGAAGGGCACUUUUUCGAUCUGGCAUGCCCUUCAAUUUCGUUCGCGUCGACGAGACGAAGGCCCUCCAUGACUUAUACAUGGAGUUAGCCAAAAUGAAGGCGAAGGUCGAUAUGCCGACCUUCCACACAUUGCGAACCGUGAUUUUGGAUGCCAUGUACGAGGAUGUCAAAACGGCAGUGCAACCCCUGAUCAACCACUGGGACAUCUUGGGAUGCACUCUAAUCACGGAUGGCACAACUGAUCGCAAGUGGCGGCCAGUUUUGAACUUCAUUGGGGCAGGGGCUGGUGGAGCUGUGCUGCUAAAGGUAGUCGACAUGUCCCAUAGGAAGUCCAACACCGCUCCGAUCGCAAAGCUAUGGGAGGAGGUUAUCAGGGAGAUCGGGGCGCACAGGGUGAACGCAAUUUGCACGGACAACGUAGGUGUCAACAAACGAGCGGCGAUGAUCUUAUCACGGAGCGCAGAUCCGGAUAUUGCGAAGAUCCCUUGGGUGUCGUGCGCCGCCCACACACUCAGCCUGUUGCUCAAGGACAUGGCGAAACUGUCAUGGAUAAGCAAGAUAGUGAAGAGGGCGAAGAUGAUGGUAAAGUUCAUCAAGCACCACCAUCGCACAGUGUCUUUGUUCUCUGCGUGCUCUUUGGAGGAGAAGAAGACACUGGUCAUGCCCACGGAGGUGAGGUUUGCGUCAACGUUUGAGAUGUUGAACAGAUUGCAUGAUAUGCGGGGUGUGUUGGAGGAGAUGAUGGACAAGGGAUGGAAGAACAUCCAUUGGAGCUCGAAGGAACUUCGGGAAAAAGCGGACAAGAUCUACCACACUGUUCGAUCGAGUCGGUGGUGGGAGGAGGUAUAUCGGAUUGUCCUUCUUAUGCGGCCGGUCAACGAGCUCCUCCGGCGGAUGGACCGCGAUGGUGUGGCACCUUCAUCUCUGUGGGGGUUUGACAAGAUUCUCCGAGGUCGCUUGCGGAGCAUCGGUGGCAUCACAAAGGAGCAGCAACAAGAGAUCAUGAAGAUUGUUAAUGACCGCUGCAAGAUGAUGAGGCAGCCGGUGCACGYWGCRAAUUUCUUGAUGUCCCCGACAAGAAGGGACCCGCGUUGGGUGUUGGACAAGAACACCCCCCUUGUUCACAACGCCAUUCAACAUCUGAUGUCGCAGCUCCGGGGAGACAGAUGGGGUUCAGAAGAAAGUCAUGUGAAUGUUUGGCAAAGCCUCUGGGCCUUCCAUCAAAAGCCAYCRAAGGAGCUUUSUGAAAAGGAGCCCAUGUGGGACAGAUUYGGGGUGGCCGACUCCUCGYUGACGCRGAAGACAGCAUCGCAGUGGUGGUCGUCGUAUGGGGGGAAWCACCYRRAGCUGCAGAAGAUWGCCACAAGGGUGACGRCCAUGUGGAGCACAGCCACACCUUGCRAGAGGAACWGGUCGUCGUUGGACCUUAUUCACACUAAAAGGAGGAACAACCUGUCGAGCGCAAGUUUGGCGAAGUUGGUUUAUAUCCACUGGAACAUGCAGCUCCAGUGCAUCCCCAAAAGCUUGAAGGAUGGGUUUGUGGAUGUUUGGGCAUCAUUCUUUGAUGAGGCGGAGACUCCAUCACCGAAUGAUGAUCCAAUUCUCCCCGGCCUUUUGGUGGAGGAUGGGGAGGAGUUGAGGAGGCAAUCCAACUUGAGGAAAACUCCGAAGGGGAGGAUUCCAGUUGGAGGGGGCUUGGAGGACUCGGACACGGAGUCAAGCGCUGAAGAGAUCAUAUGUAGCAGAAAACCACGCGAAACGAGAGCUUCGCUGCAAAGAUCAAUAAAAGGGAAGGAUGUUGUCGACCUUGAGAAUGAUGGGUCGGAGGAAGACGACGAGGACGUGGACGAAGACGGAGAUGGUGAAGAGGAGGACGCGGAAUAUGACCCUGACUUCGCUGACCUUCCACCAACACAUCACAGCGACGAAGAAAACAAUGCGGCGUUUGAAGACGGGGGCGAUUUGGAGUGCUGGUCUGCAGAGCAGCAGUCAUGUGCGCUGGCAUCGGCCUCCCGUGACAAUGUUGACAGGGCUGCAGCAAAAGCCUUGGCAGAGGGAAGAGACCGGCUUCUUGUGCAACAACGCAUUCGGGAGGAAGAAGCGCGCAUUCGGGAGGAAGAAGCGCGUCGUGAGGCUGCCCCCUUUUGUUCGAGAGCACGUCUUCCCCUACAACCACCGCCUGUACAAGACAUGCUUGUUGACUCGCAGCAGCAGGAGAUGACGGCGCAGCAGCAGCAGGAGCCGGUGUUCACUGCGCAGCAGCAGCAACCCGUGCAGGUGGAGCAGCAGCAACCCGUGCGGGUGGAGCAGCAGCAACCCGUGAAGGUGGAGCAGCAGCACAAGCAAGUUGUCGAGUGUGAACAUUCGAUGCAGGCGGACGCGCGGGAUAGAGGGGUGGAGGUCCACCAGCAACCUGCCCAGCAGCAACAACAGCAACAUGUGCAGCAGCAGCAGCAGCAGCCUGUCCAGCAGCGCCAGCAGCAACCUGUCCAACAGCAGCAGCAGCAGAAUGUCGAGCAGCAGCAACAGCAGCAACCAGUCGAACAGCAGCAGCAGCAGCAGCGUGUCCAGCAGCAGCAGCAACAACAACCUGUCCUGCAGCAGCAGCAUCAGCAGCAGCCCGUACAGAAGCAGCAGCAGCAGCAUGUCGAGCAGCAACAGCGACGGCAUGUCGAGCAGCAGCAGCAGCAGCAACACUAGCAACAACCAGUCCAGCAGCAGCCUGUCCAGCAGCAGCCUGUCCAGUAGCAGCACCAGCACCAGCAGCAAGAGCGG